GAUACAUAUUAUAUUACAUAGUUUAUAGCUAAUUUUUUUCCCCCAAAUUUAAAGGUCGAAAAAUAAAAAAAUCCCAAAAUUCAAACGGUGGCUAAAUUUGUCAUCCUCCUCGACUCAAUCCUCAAAUUAUCGGGCGUCAGUCAGUCAGCGUAGCAUAUCGGCAUCGAGAAUGUCUACUGCACCGCAGAAUCCAACACAAAAUAAUCAAAGCCCAAUACCAAUUUCAAGCCCCGCAUCCAUUAUCCCUAACCGGAACCCGACUCCGAAUCCUCCAUCUCACGCACUCAAGUCUCCUUCCUUUGAUGAGGUCUCCAAUUUGUUCUCUCUUCCACUCUCCUACGCCGCCGACUCUCUCGGUGUCUGUCCUACUGUCUUAAAGAAGCUCUGCUAUGACAAUGGUCUUGUCAGGUGGCCAUACCGAAAGAUUCUCUCUGGAAAGAGCAUUGAAGAAAUUAAGAAGGAUGCUGCAAUAGAGAAAGAAAAGAAUCUUGCUGAACUGAAAGUUUAUGGAGAGAGGAAUAAUUCUUUGGCAAGAGGCCCUCAACCUCAGAGCACAAAUACUAUCUCUCCGCAGGAAAGUUCGACUGUAAGAAUUCUUCCACAACAGCCUAACAAAGAUAACCAAAUUCAGAGUUCCCAAAUCAUGAAAAUAGGGAAUUCAACCAUCUCUGAUGAAUUUAAAUACGGAUUCCCUUCAGACGGCUUAUCGAGUGUCUCAUACAGAUGGUGGGGAAACAAAAGUGGGGGUGAAAAUGUUGUUGAUACUCUACAAAGGGUCGAUGAAAACGCUGACGAAAGAAAAGAGCAGCACGAGGGCAAAGUCGACCAUGCUGCUAAUUUGUCAUCAAUGGAUGAUGAAGUGAUGACUCAAGGCAAGAAGAAUGAUGAGCCGGUUGGUUUGCUCUCUGUUUUGAGGAAGAAAGCAGCUAAAGAUGGGCUGCAAGCUCUAAAACUAGGUGUAUACAGAGGAUACAGCGACGGGAAAAAUUUGGACCGGACGAAAAAAAUGAUGCUUGUUCAGAUAUUCAAAUCGUCUUUGCCUAGUGAAUGGGGAGAUAUGUACUCGGAGAGUUGAACGGAAUAGGAUUCCGAACGGUAGUAAAUGCAAAAUCUCUUUUUGUAAAAAAGAUGGUGUAUCGUAAAUCCGUGUAGUGAGGAGGAUAAACCAUGUUUAAAAGGGAUCAACUUUAUCUGUACAACUUUUGAAGGUGAGGUUUAUUGCUAUAUGUGGUCGAUAACUUCCAAGGUUAAUCUUUUACACAUCUCUCGGUCUUGUCUGAACUUUUUCAUAAGUAGACCUAGUUAUAAAUAAGUAAAACUAUCUCGAAUUCAACAUUAAACCAACUACUUUGCAGUUAGUAAAACAAUCUCAUUUUUUCUUCUUAAUAUAAUUCCAUCAAAAUCA